AUGCAGAUGCUCUUCGCACCAGCAAGAGAGAAAUGGCCGUGGCUACACGAGGAGAAGAGGCUUGUGGCAGAAAUCAAGAAAACAGCUAAGACUGGAAAUGAGGCUGCCACAAAGAUCUUAGCUCGGCAACUUGUUAGGUUGAGGCAACAGAUCACCAAUCUGCAGGGAAGCCGUGCUCAGAUUCGGGGUGUUACUACCCAUACACAGGCUUUGUAUGCAAGCACCUCAAUCUCAUCAGGGAUGAAAGGUGCAACCACAGCCAUGGUUGCAAUGAACAAGAUAGAGAUGAUGUCAGAGGCAAUUGAUGAAACACUUGACAAAGACGAAGCUGAAGAAGAAACUGAAGAUCUCACUAACCAGGUGCUCGAUGAGAUUGGUGUUGGUGUCGCAUCUCAGUUAUCUUCAGCUCCAAAGGGCCGGAUUGCAACAAAAGCCGCUGCUCCCACCACAGUUAAUAAUAAGAAUGACUCAGGAUCUACUGAAGUGGAUGAUCUAGAGAGGAGAUUGGCUUCACUUCGACGUAUCUGA